AUGACGGAGCGCGAGCCAAUCAGCGGGGGGCGGUCCCCACCGCAGAGCCGCCCCGGGCCUGGCGCGCCUGGCGCGUGUGGCGCGUGGGGCGCGCGUGGCGCGAGCUCGCAGAGUGACGACUCGCCUGGCGCGUGUGGCGCGUGUGGCACGAGUUCGCAGAGUGACGACUCGCCUGGCGCGUGCGGCGCGUGUGGCACGUGUGGCGCGAGCUCGCAGAGUGACGACUCGCCUGGCGCGUGUGGCGCGUGUGGCUCGUGUGGCGCGAGCUCGCAGAGUGACGACUCGCCUGGCGCGUGUGGCGCGUGUGGCACGAGUUCGCAGAGUGACGACUCGCCUGGCGCGUGCGGCGCGUGUGGCACGUGUGGCGCGAGCUCGCAGAGUGACGACCCGCCCGGCGCGUGUGGCGUGAGCUCGCAGAGUGACGACUCGCCUGGCGCGUGCGGAGCGUGUGGCUCGUGUGGCGCGAGCUCGCAGAGUGACGACCCGCCCGGCGCGUGUGGCGUGAGCUCGCAGAGUGACGACUCGCCUGGCGCGUGCGGAGCGUGUGGCUCGUGUGGCGCGAGCUCGCAGAGUGACGACCCGCCCGGCGCGUGUGGCGUGAGCUCGCAGAGUGACGACUCGCCUGGCGCGUGCGGAGCGUGUGGCUCGUGUGGCGAGAGCUCGCAGAGUGACGACCCGCCCGGCGCGUGUGGCGUGAGCUCGCAGAGUGACGACUCGCCUGGCGCGUGCGGAGCGUGUGGCUCGUGUGGCGCGAGCUCGCAGAGUGACGACCCGCCCGGCGCGUGUGGCGUGAGCUCGCAGAGUGACGACUCGCCUGGCGCGUGCGGAGCGUGUGGCACGUGUGGCGCGAGCUCGCAGAGUGACGACCCGCCCGGCGCGUGUGGCGUGAGCUCGCAGAGUGACGACUCGCCUGGCGCGUGUGGCGCGUGUGGCUCGUGUGGCGCGAGCUCGCAGAGUGACGACUCGCCUGGCGCGUGUGGCGCGUGUGGCACGAGUUCGCAGAGUGACGACUCGCCUGGCGCGUGCGGCGCGUGUGGCACGUGUGGCGCGAGCUCGCAGAGUGACGACCCGCCCGGCGCGUGUGGCGUGAGCUCGCAGAGUGACGACUCGCCUGGCGCGUGCGGAGCGUGUGGCUCGUGUGGCGCGAGCUCGCAGAGUGACGACUCGCCUGGCGCGUGUGGCGCGUGUGGCACGAGUUCGCAGAGUGACGACUCGCCUGGCGCGUGCGGCGCGUGUGGCACGUGUGGCGCGAGCUCGCAGAGUGACGACCCGCCCGGCGCGUGUGGCGUGAGCUCGCAGAGUGACGACUCGCCUGGCGCGUGCGGAGCGUGUGGCUCGUGUGGCGCGAGCUCGCAGAGUGACGACCCGCCCGGCGCGUGUGGCGUGAGCUCGCAGAGUGACGACUCGCCUGGCGCGUGCGGAGCGUGUGGCUCGUGUGGCGCGAGCUCGCAGAGUGACGACCCGCCCGGCGCGUGUGGCGUGAGCUCGCAGAGUGACGACUCGCCUGGCGCGUGUGGCGCGUGUGGCACGAGUUCGCAGAGUGACGACUCGCCUGGCGCGUGCGGAGCGUGUGGCUCGUGUGGCGCGAGCUCGCAGAGUGACGACCCGCCCGGCGCGUGUGGCGUGAGCUCGCAGAGUGACGACUCGCCUGGCGCGUGCGGAGCGUGUGGCACGUGUGGCGUGAGCUCGCAGAGUGACGACUCGCCUGGCGCGUGCGGAGCGUGUGGCUCGUGUGGCGCGAGCUCGCAGAGUGACGACUCGCCUGGCGCGUGUGGCGCGUGUGGCACGAGUUCGCAGAGUGACGACUCGCCUGGCGCGUGCGGAGCGUGUGGCACGUGUGGCGUGAGCUCGCAGAGUGACGACUCGCCUGGCGCGUGCGGAGCGUGUGGCUCGUGUGGCGCGAGCUCGCAGAGUGACGACUCGCCUGGCGCGUGUGGCGCGUGUGGCACGAGUUCGCAGAGUGACGACUCGCCUGGCGCGUGCGGCGCGUGUGGCACGUGUGGCGCGAGCUCGCAGAGUGACGACCCGCCCGGCGCGUGUGGCGUGAGCUCGCAGAGUGACGACUCGCCUGGCGCGUGCGGAGCGUGUGGCUCGUGUGGCGCGAGCUCGCAGAGUGACGACCCGCCCGGCGCGUGUGGCGUGAGCUCGCAGAGUGACGACUCGCCUGGCGCGUGCGGAGCGUGUGGCUCGUGUGGCGCGAGCUCGCAGAGUGACGACCCGCCCGGCGCGUGUGGCGUGAGCUCGCAGAGUGACGACUCGCCUGGCGCGUGCGGAGCGUGUGGCUCGUGUGGCGCGAGCUCGCAGAGUGACGACCCGCCCGGCGCGUGUGGCGUGAGCUCGCAGAGUGACGACUCGCCUGGCGCGUGCGGCGCGUGUGGCUCGUGUGGCGCGAGCUCGCAGAGUGACGACCCGCCCGGCGCGUGUGGCGUGAGCUCGCAGAGUGACGACUCGCCUGGCGCGUGCGGCGCGUGUGGCUCGUGUGGCGCGAGCUCGCAGAGUGACGACCCGCCCGGCGCGUGUGGCGUGAGCUCGCAGAGUGACGACUCGCCUGGCGCGUGCGGAGCGUGUGGCUCGUGUGGCGCGAGCUCGCAGAGUGACGACCCGCCCGGCGCGUGUGGCGUGAGCUCGCAGAGUGACGACUCGCCUGGCGCGUGCGGAGCGUGUGGCUCGUGUGGCGCGAGCUCGCAGAGUGACGACCCGCCCGGCGCGUGUGGCGUGAGAUCGCAGAGUGACGACUCGCCUGGCGCGUGCGGAGCGUGUGGCUCGUGUGGCGCGAGCUCGCAGAGUGACGACCCGCCCGGCGCGUGUGGCGUGAGCUCGCAGAGUGACGACUCGCCUGGCGCGUGCGGCGCGUGUGGCUCGUGUGGCGCGAGCUCGCAGAGUGACGACCCGCCCGGCGCGUGUGGCGUGAGCUCGCAGAGUGACGACUCGCCUGGCGCGUGCGGAGCGUGUGGCUCGUGUGGCGCGAGCUCGCAGAGUGACGACCCGCCCGGCGCGUGUGGCGUGAGCUCGCAGAGUGACGACUCGCCUGGCGCGUGCGGAGCGUGUGGCUCGUGUGGCGCGAGCUCGCAGAGUGACGACCCGCCCGGCGCGUGUGGCGUGAGCUCGCAGAGUGACGACUCGCCUGGCGCGUGCGGAGCGUGUGGCUCGUGUGGCGCGAGCUCGCAGAGUGACGACCCGCCCGGCGCGUGUGGCGUGAGCUCGCAGAGUGACGACUCGCCUGGCGCGUGCAGCGCGUGUGGCUCGUGUGGCGCGAGCUCGCAGAGUGACGACCCGCCCGGCGCGUGUGGCGUGAGCUCGCAGAGUGACGACUCGCCUGGCGCGUGCGGCGCGUGUGGCUCGUGUGGCGCGAGCUCGCAGAGUGACGACCCGCCCGGCGCGUGUGGCGUGAGCUCGCAGAGUGACGACUCGCCUGGCGCGUGCGGAGCGUGUGGCUCGUGUGGCGCGAGCUCGCAGAGUGACGACCCGCCCGGCGCGUGUGGCGUGAGCUCGCAGAGUGACGACUCGCCUGGCGCGUGCGGAGCGUGUGGCUCGUGUGGCGCGAGCUCGCAGAGUGACGACCCGCCCGGCGCGUGUGGCACGACGUGUGGCUCGUGUGGCGCGAGCUCGCAGAGUGACGACCCGCCCGGCGCGUGUGGCGUGAGCUCGCAGAGUGACGACUCGCCUGGCGCGUGCGGCGCGUGUGGCUCGUGUGGCGCGAGCUCGCAGAGUGACGACCCGCCCGGCGCGUGUGGCGUGAGCUCGCAGAGUGACGACUCGCCUGGCGCGUGCAGCGCGUGUGGCUCGUGUGGCGCGAGCUCGCAGAGUGACGACCUGCCCGGCGCCGCGUGUGGCUCGUGUGGCGCGAGCUCGCAGAGUGACGACCCGCCCGGCGCGUGUGGCGUGAGCUCGCAGAGUGACGACUCGCCUGGCGUGUGCGGAGCGUGUGGCUCGUGUGGCGCGAGCUCGCAGAGUGACGACCCGCCCAGCGCGUGUGGCGCGUGUGGCGCGCCUGGCGCGUGGGACGCGCGUGGCGCGAGCUCGCAGAGUGACGACUCGCCUGGCGCGUGCGGCGCGUGUGGCUCGUGUGGCGCGAGCUCGCAGAGUGACGACCCGCCCAGCGCGUGUGGCGCGUGUGGCGCGCCUGGCGCGUGGGACGCGCGUGGUGCGAGCUCGCAGAGUGACGACCCGCCCGCCACCUGGGCCGUCUUCCUGAAAAUUAAGGAGACAGAAGCGAGGAGCCAGGUGAAUGAUUUCAUCAAGAUAUUAAAAUCAUGGAGAACUGCUAUCAAGGUAGACGAGAUACGCACAUGA